AUGGGGGCGCCAUCAUGUCUUGCGUUCCUCCUGUUGUGUGGCACGUUGCUAGCAUUGCCGCAGUCGUCGCACGGCACAACCAGAUACUACACCUUCAAUGUGACGAUGCAGAAUGUGACGCGGCUGUGCACCACCCGCGCCAUCCCGACGGUGAACGGCAAGUUCCCCGGCCCCAAGAUAGUCACCAGGGAGGGCGACCGCGUCGUCGUCAAGGUGGUGAACAAUGUCAAGGACAACGUUACCAUCCACUGGCACGGCGUUCGGCAGCUGCGGACGGGGUGGUCGGACGGGCCGGCGUACGUGACGCAGUGCCCCAUCCAGACGGGGCAGAGCUUCGUGUACAACUUCACCAUCACGGGGCAGCGGGGCACCCUGUUGUGGCACGCGCACGUCUCCUGGAUGCGCGCCACGCUCUACGGGCCCAUCGUCAUCCUCCCCAAGCGCGGCGUGCCCUACCCGUUCCCGGUUAAACCCUACAAGGAGAUCCCCAUCAUCUUCGGAGAGUGGUUCAACGCGGAUCCCGAGGCAAUUAUCGCCCAGGCGCUUCAGACUGGAGCAGGCCCAAAUGUGUCGGACGCCUUCACCAUCAACGGGCUUCCGGGCCCCUUGUACAACUGCUCCAGCAAAGCCGUUCCACACGGACAUCGUCCUCAUCACGCCGGGCCAGACCACCAACGUGCUCCUGCGGCCGAGCCCGACGCGGGGUGCCCCGCGGCCACGCACCUCAUGCUGGCGCGCCCCUACGGCACGGGCCAGCCGGGCACCUUCGACAACACCACCGUCGCCGCCGUGCUCGAGUACGCGCCUGCGGCGGCGGCGGCGGGGCACAUCAAGAGCCUCCCGCUCUUCCGGCCCUCGCUGCCCGCGCUCAACGACACGGCCUUCGCGGCCAACUACACCGCCAGGCUGCGGAGCCUGGCCACCCCGGAGUACCCGGCCAGCGUGCCCCGCGGCGUGGACCGCUCCUUCUUCUUCGCCGUGGGGCUCGGCACCAACCCUUGCCCGGCGAACCAGACGUGCCAGGGGCCCACCAACCGGACCAUGUUCACGGCGUCCAUGAACAACGUGUCCUUCACCAUGCCCACCACCGCGCUCCUGCAGGCGCACUACGACAACAUCGCCGGCGUGUACACGGCCGACUUUCCCGUGGCGCCGCUGGAGCCGUUCAACUACACGGGCACGACGCCCAACAACACCAACGUCUCCAGCGGCACCAAGGUGGUGGCGUUGGAGUACAAUACCAGCGUGGAGGUGGUGCUGCAGGGCACCAGCAUCCUGGGCGCCGAGAGCCACCCGCUGCACCUCCACGGCUUCGACUUCUUCGUGGUCGGCCAAGGCUUCGGCAACUACGACUCGUCAAAGGACCCAGCCAACUUCAACCUAGUCGACCCGGUGCAGAGGAACACCGUCGGCGUGCCACCAGGUGGCUGGGUCGCCAUCAGGUUCUUCGCGGAUAAUCCCGGUGUUUGGUUCAUGCAUUGCCACCUGGAGGUGCACACAACCUGGGGAUUGAAGAUGGCAUGGGUGGUCAACGACGGCCCGUUGCCUGAGCAGAAGCUGAUGCCACCGCCGUCCGAUCUACCAAAGUGUUGA